UAUCACAUAGUUUGAGUUAUAUAACCCAAACUACUACUAAUUUAUCAAAGGAAUAGAGUAAAAUGUUGGGUUCCCGUUAAAGAUUUUUCCCCUGUUUCUUCUCAGUCAAACCGAAGAUACAUAUGAUUUGGUCAAAUCCGGUUUAUAUUGAAUUCUCGUAGCAAUCUUCUUCUACAAGUAAUCAAAUCAAAACCCCACUUUCUUUCUCAGCCGACGACAGACCCAAAACUUCCUCAGGAAAAUGGCUCAAACUGACGAGUCUUCAAGUACCAUGUCGAAAGCCAGGGAUCUUCUCGCGACUCCAAGCCACGAACCCCUAACGAUCAUCGUCGACCAACUCUUCACCACUCCCCAACAAUCCAUCGAACACCAAACCGCGCGUGCUCUCUACGACUUCUGCGUCGCCAACUUCUCGAAUUGCUUAACCCUAAUGCUUCUCAAGGUCUAUAGAUUCUCUUCCGUUAACGUCACCAGACUCCGAUCGAUCUUUCUCCUCUCCGAAACUCUCACCAAACAACACGGCCUCCAACUCUCCCUCUCCCCCGUCGCUUUAAACCACAUCAAACCGUUUCUUGUUUCUUGCCUGAAGAUGCUGAACGCCACGAAUAAACGCGACAACGGUAUCUUCAGAAUCAUCGUUUCUCGUGUAGCUUCUUCGAUGAUGUUUGAUACUGGCCACCGAUGGGACGAGCUCGGACUUUGUAUACUCUCCCUCCUUUACACCGAUCCACUCAAAGCGUUCAACGUCUUCGUCGAUUUGCCGCCAAUCCAUGGAGAUUUCAUUAACAUAGUCCAUCUUAAGCUUCAAGAAGAAGUCUACAAGGUGUUGUUUCACCCUGACGAUGAUUGGAGUUUGGGGUUAGAAACUGCUAUCAAACUAGGGCUUCAGGUUUCAGAUACAGAGAAAAGAUCUGAGAUUCUCGAAACCGUCGUCAAGUCAGCUGAGAAGCUUGUGAGUAUGGGGAUGGAAAAGUCUCUGAAAGAAGCGCUUGAACGUCUCUUGAAGUUUCUUGCGAAAGACGCAACCUUGUGUAAAUGGAUUGGAGCACGAGAAACCGCGGAAAAGAUCUCUCAGCUGGUUAAUCCAAAUCCAUGUUUCAAACUCAGCCUUGAUUAUGGAUUAUUAGGACAAGACCAUGACGUGUACGUUAACUUGUGCACGUUAUCCGCAGUAGAGAUCUUGAGUUCCUUUGCGAAAACUAAACAUGAUGAUAGGUUUAGAGAGAUAGCGAUGAGAAGACUUCAUGAUUUGCUAUGUGAUCACACUUCAGGGAAGUGGGGUUUAGACGUUUCGGAGUUCGAGAAACUCCAGCCGAUGCUCAUCAGUUGCCUUAAGGAAGAAGUAAUGCCGGAGAACACGUUCGAGAUUCUCGGUAAGGUGGUUUACCACGUUGCAAUGGAGACGUUCGGCUUCGGGGAGGACCCGUGGUUCGACCUAUGGGACUACAUCGCAUCGGAAAGCGAAUUCGAGAAAGCGGUUUAUAUCUUCCAGUGCUUAACGAUGCGGUUUGAUGAUGGUAAACUAGGCUUUGUGGUUCCUGCUGUAAGUAGGUUUCUUCCGGAGAUAAGCUCAAGGCUAAACCCACCAAGAGCGGUGUUGGUAGAUGAUCACGAUAGGUGGGUUUUGGCGUUUACGGGUGGGUUUUGUGUGGUGAUUCGCUUGGUGAAUGAAGCGAGUCACGCUGGUUUUGUUGAGGAGAUUGCAGUUAAGAUGAUAGAGUCGGUGAAAGUGCUUGUAGAGAGAGGAAUGGAAGUUGGGCUUGUGAGGAGAGCUUUCAGAGUUCUUGAACGCAUUGUGGAGGAACAAUGGGACUGGUAUGAGGCUUGCGAGUACAGACUUGUUAAGGGUUUGCUUAGGAGGCUCUAUGAAAUCAAAGGUAUGAAAAUGGAAAGUAAGAUGGUGUUGUGGAGAAUCAGUGGGACUCUUGAGAGGAACGUGAAUGAAGAAUUGAGAGUGCGAUCAGGGCUGAACGGUUCAGCUGAAAUGCUGUAGUACAAAACUAAUCAAUAUAUGUACAAACACGCCAUGAAACCUCU